AUGGCUGCUUCUACCGUGACUACCGAAACCCGGAUUACGGCCGACAACAUCCUCCGUCUCUUCCCCGACAUCGAUACCAGCUCUGAGGCUCUGGAGGGCCAUGAUGAGGAGCAGAUCCGGUUGAUGGACGAGGUGUGCAUCGUGCUGGACGAGAAUGACGUGCCAAUUGGGACGGCUAGCAAGAAGCUGUGCCACCUUAUGACAAACAUCGACAAGGGGCUUCUGCACCGUGCCUUCUCCGUCUUUCUCUUCAAUGAGAAGAAUGAACUGCUCCUGCAACAGCGUGCUUCCGAGAAGAUUACUUUUCCCAACAUGUGGACGAAUACCUGCUGCUCCCACCCCCUAAAUGUCUCGAAUGAGACGGGCUCGACUCUCGAGGCCGCCAUUUUGGGCGUCAAACAUGCUGCCCAGCGGAAACUCGAGCACGAGCUUGGUAUUAAGAAGGAGCAGGUCCCUCUGGAGAAGUUCCGCUUUCUUACCCGUAUCCACUACAAGGCUCCAAGCGAUGGGAAAUGGGGUGAGCACGAAAUUGAUUAUAUCCUCUUCAUCAAGGCCAAUGUCGAUCUCAACAUCAACAAGAACGAGGUCCAAGCCACGAGAUAUGUAACGCCCGAGGAGCUCAAGCAGCUGUUCCAGGACCCGACGCUCAAGUUCACUCCUUGGUUCAAGCUCAUCUGCCAGUCGAUGCUGUUCGAGUGGUGGGCGCACCUCGAAUCGGGCCUCGAAAAGUUCGAGAACGAGCAACAGAUCCGGCGCAUGUGA